CUGGGCGUGUGCGUACGUAUGUGUGUGUGUGUGUGUGUGUGUGUGUCCGUGUUUACCGUGGACGGGGGUCUGCGUGCCCCGUAUCGCAGCACUCGCAGGGGGCAACAGAAAAGACAGCUGUGUGUUUGAGAGAAACAGAAAACGUAAGAAAGAGAGAGUGGAGGGCCAACAGGCAUGCCAGUCAAGACCGUCACUUUUGGAGCAGAUGCUGGCAACAGUUUUCUCCGAGCGGCCCGUUCUGGCAAUCUGGACAAAGCCCUGGACCAUAUAAAAAAUGGCAUCGACAUUAAUACAGCCAAUCAGAAUGGGCUCAACGGGCUGCACCUGGCCUCGAAAGAAGGCCAUGUUAAAAUGGUGCUGGAGCUGCUCCACAAUGGCAUCGUACUGGAGACCACCACAAAGAAAGGGAACACAGCCCUGCACAUUGCAGCCCUGGCAGGGCAGGAGCAGGUGGUCGCAGAGCUGGUCAACUACGGGGCCAAUGUCAACGCUCAGUCCCAGAAGGGUUUCACUCCACUCUACAUGGCUGCACAAGAAAACCAUCUAGAGGUUGUGAAGUUUCUUCUGGAGAACGGAGCCAAUCAGAGCACUCCAACUGAGGAUGGAUUCACUCCUCUUGCCGUGGCUCUUCAACAGGGACAUGAGAAUGUCGUAGCCCUGCUCAUCAACUAUGGCACUAAGGGAAAGGUCCGCCUCCCUGCGCUGCACAUUGCAGCACGCAACGACGAUACACGCACAGCCGCAGUGCUUCUGCAGAAUGACCCCAAUGCUGAUGUACUCAGCAAGACUGGAUUCACACCCCUCCACAUUGCUGCACACUAUGAAAACUUGAAUGUGGCUCAACUGCUGCUCAAUAGAGGAGCCAAUGUCAACUUCACCCCAAAGAACGGCAUCACUCCUCUGCACAUUGCAGCCAGACGGGGGAAUGUGAUCAUGGUACGACUCCUGCUGGACAGAGGGGCUCAGAUUGAUGCCAAGACCAAGGAUGAGCUGACUCCUCUGCACUGCGCAGCCAGAAAUGGUCAUGUCAGGAUUAUAGAGAUCCUGCUGGACCAUGGAGCCCCCAUCCAGGCAAAGACCAAGAACGGCCUGUCACCAAUCCACAUGUCAGCACAGGGUGACCACAUGGACUGUGUCAAGCAGCUUCUGCAGUACAAUGCAGAGAUAGAUGAUAUCACACAGGACCACCUUACCCCUCUGCAUGUGGCAGCACACUGUGGCCACCAACGCAUGGCCAAAGUACUGCUGGACAAAGGGGCCAAACCCAACUCUCGGGCAUUGAAUGGCUUUACUCCUUUGCAUAUUGCUUGUAAAAAGAACCACAUGCGUGUGAUGGAUCUCCUGCUUAAACACUCUGCAUCAAUAGAGGCUGUGACUGAGUCCGGCCUGACGCCUUUGCAUGUGGCAUCGUUUAUGGGUCGUCUCAACAUUGUGAAGAUCCUGCUGCAGAAAGGAGCUUCCCCCAGCGCCUCUAAUGUGAAGGUGGAGACUCCUCUUCAUAUGGCGUCUCGGGCAGGACACAAUGAGGUGGCAGAGUUUUUACUAAAGAACGCAGCCCCUGUGGACGCUAAAGCUAAGGAUGACCAAACACCUCUGCAUUGUGCCUCUCGGAUGGGCCACAAGGAGCUAGUGAAGCUGCUGCUGGAGCACAAAGCCAACCCCAACUCCACCACCACAGCAGGCCACACACCCCUACACAUCGCUGCUCGGGAAGGUCACGCACAAACCGUACGCAUCCUCCUGGACAUGGAGGCUCAGCAGACCAAGAUGACGAAGAAAGGCUUCACUCCGCUCCAUGUAGCCUCCAAGUACGGCAAGGUGGAUGUAGCAGAGCUUUUGUUGGAGAGAGGAGCCAAUUCUAAUGCUGCUGGGAAGAAUGGUCUGACUCCAUUGCAUGUUGCUGUACAUCACAACAACCUAGACGUUGUUAACUUGCUGGUUAGCAAGGGCGGGUCUCCGCAUAGUGCCGCCAGGAAUGGCUACACCGCCCUCCACAUAGCAUCCAAGCAGAACCAGGUGGAGGUGGCUAACAGCCUGCUGCAGUACGGAGCUUCAGCCAAUGCUGAGUCACUGCAGGGAGUCACACCUCUCCACCUGGCCUCGCAGGAAGGAAGGCCCGACAUGGUCUCCCUGCUCAUCUCCAAACAGGCCAACGUCAACCUUGGAAACAAGAGUGGAUUAACCCCACUCCAUCUGGUGGGACAGGAAGGACAUGUCGGCAUCGCAGAUAUCUUGGUAAAGCAAGGGGCUUCAGUCUACGCUGCCACGCGGAUGGGUUACACACCGCUCCAUGUGGCGUGUCACUAUGGCAACAUCAAGAUGGUUAAAUUCCUUGUGCAGCAACAGGCUGAUGUCAACAGCAAAACAAGGCUUGGCUACACUCCUCUGCACCAGGCGGCCCAGCAGGGACACACAGACAUCGUGACACUGCUGCUGAAGCACGGAGCUCAGCCCAACGAGACGACAACGAAUGGUACUUCAGCUCUGUCCAUUGCGAAGAGGUUGGGCUAUAUCUCUGUGAUUGACGUCCUCAAGCUCGUCACCGAGGAGACGGUUUCCAUGACGACCACUGAGAAGCAUCGCAUGAGUUUCCCAGAAACAGUGGAUGAAAUACUGGACGUGUCUGAGGAUGAAGGAAUUGCACAACUAACAUUAGGAGAGGAGCUCCUGGGGACCGAAGGGGCCAGGUACAUGAAGAUGGAUGACAUGAAAGACCAUGAUGACGAUUUCCUCUCCCCCAAGAAAUCCCUGGAGUACGAGAGAGGGCUGGGCACAGCGAAUUACUCGCCAGCCAUUCCCAGGAUCCCCAGAGUCUCUCCGGAGACCGUUAUCCUGAAAGAACACGAGAUGGAUCAGCAGCACACUCCACUUCCACUGCCCAAAGAAUACGAUGAGGACUCAUUGAUCCCCAGCAGCCCAGCGACUGAGACGUCAGACAAUGUCAGCCCAGUUGCCAGUCCCAUUCACACAGGGUUCCUGGUCAGUUUCAUGGUAGAUGCUCGGGGCGGCUCAAUGCGAGGCAGCAGGCAUAACGGUUUGCGUGUCAUCAUACCUCCACGGACCUGUGCGGCUCCCACCCGCAUCACUUGCCGCCUGGUGAAGCCGCAGAAGCUGACCAGCCCCCCUCCGCUGGUGGAGGGAGAGGGGCUGGCCAGCAGAAUCAUCUCCCUGGGGCCAGCCGGGAUGCAGUUCCUGGGGCCGGUGAUCGUGGAGAUCCCCCACUUUGCUGCUCUGGGUCGUGGCGACCGGGAGCUUGUGGUGCUGAGGAGCGAAAAUGGCUCAGUCUGGAAAGAGCAUCGCAAUCGCUACGGAGACGAGGUGUUGGAAACAAUCCUCAACGGGAUGGAUGAGGAAUUAGAAAGUCAAGAGGAGCUCGUGAAGAAGCGAAUUCGUCGCAUCAUCUCCACCGACUUCCCUCUUUACUUUGCUGUUGUAUCACGAGUCCAGCAAGAGAGCGACCUGAUUGGACCAGAAGGGGGUUUGCUGUCAAGUAAACUGGUGCCAUUGGUCCAGGCCACGUUUCCUGAGACGGCAGUCACCAAACGAGUCCGCCUGGGGCUGCAGGCUCAGCCAGUUCCAGAUGAGCUGGUUGCAAAGCUGCUGGGUAACCAGGCAAACUUUAGCCCCGUGGUCACUGUGGAGCCUCGGCGGCGCAAGUUUCACCGGCCCAUCGGCCUGCGUAUGCCUCUGCCUCCGUCCUGGAGAGACAGCCCCCGAGACUCUGGGGAGGGCGACACUACCAGUCUGCGUCUGCUUUGCUCUGUCAUAGGCGGCACAGCCCCAGCCCAAUGGGAAGACAUUACUGGCACCACUAAGCUUGUGUAUGCUAAAGACUCUGCCAGUUUCACAACCAAUGUUUCAGCACGAUUCUGGCUCGCAGACUGUCCUCGUACAGCUGAGGCCGUCUCCUUUGCCAACCUGCUCUACAGAGAGCUGUCAGCUGUACCCUACAUGGCCAAGUUUGUGGUGUUUGCAAAGAUGAAUGAGCUGCGUGAGGGCCGCUUGCGCUGCUACUGCAUGACUGACGAUAAGAUGGAUAAAACCCUGGAACAGCAUGAGAAUUUCACAGAAGUGGCUCGCAGCAGAGACAUAGAGGUGAUGGAGGGAAUGCCGCUUCACCUAGAGUGUUCAGGGAACCUGGUCCCCGUGAGGAAGGCCACCCAGCAGCCUCGCUGCUUCAGCUUCCAGGCCUUCAGAGAUAACCGACUUCCUGUCUCUGUUAAGGUGAGAGACAGUAGUAAAGACCACACUGGAUUUCUGUCUUUCCUGCGCAAGUCCACCAAAUAUGAGGACAGCCAACAUGUGCUCUGUAACCUCAACAUCACCAUGCCUCCAUGUAUAAAGACUGUUGGGAGUGAAGACCGCAGAAGAACUCUGACCCCGCUGGCUUUAAGAGAAAGAUACAGUGCCCUAAAUGAACCUGCUCUGGCAUCAAUGAGUGCCAUGGAGAGGACGGAGCUGAAGAUGGCUGUGAUUGCAGAACAGUUGGGACUGAGCUGGGCUGAGUUGGCACGUGAGCUUCAGCUCAGCGUGGAUGACAUCAAUAAGAUCCGUGUGGAGAAUCCUAACUCGCUGCUGGAGCAGAGCUCUGCGCUGCUCAACCUGUGGGCCACCCGCGAGGGCAAGAGGGCCAAGAUGGAGAGCUUGUACGCAGCUCUGAAAAGUAUUGACCGUAUGGACAUAGUCAACAUGUUGGAGGGCCAGCCGCCUCAGCCGCCUCAGCCUGCCAGACAAGGCUCCCGCGAUUUCACCCGCCGUCGACAAGAGAGAGACAACCUCUCCCCUGGUAUGACCAAUGGUUAUGGGCUCGCGCAGGAAGAGCUUCUCUCACCGGCCUCCAUGCAGUACAGCCUGCCCUCCCCGCUGGGCGCUGAGCCUUAUUGGCAGGAAGUCUCCAGUCUGGACUGUGCACCCAUUGCCACCACAGAAGAAGACACCCUCAUGGAGAUGUCUGAUGUGCAGGUGUGGCCCUCAGGCAACAGUCCAUCCCUGGUACCUGUGGAGGACUCCUCGCUUGAGUGCAGCAAUGCUGACGAUUCAGAAGGUCUUCUGGGACUGCCAUAUGGAAGUCUAGGUCGGCCGGCUAGUCAGGCCAGCGCAGCCAGCGGAGGGGGUGGGGUGCUGACUGGCUCCAUUGAGCUUCCCGAAGACGAUUCAGAGAUGGGCGUUGACUCACUCAGCACCGCCACGCCAGCCUCGCUUGGAGGCACCAUCGCUGGGAUCAAUCUUAACGGGCUGAACAAUUGUCAGGGGUCAUGUGCAAGUUCGGAGGUAUCAGCAGUCGCCAGUACGACUGGUAGAGAUGGAGCUGGAGGAAGAGGAAGAGGAGGAGGAGGGACGGGCUCAGAGGAAGGGCUUUCUCUUGUUGCAGGACAGCAAAGGGUGUAUGCUCGGCUGAGUGAGUCACCUGGUCUGAGCUGUGUUGCAGACCGGAAUGGAGACAGGUCAGGUAAAGGUGGAAACGGAGGGGGUGGAGGCUCUUUCCUUUCCUACCUGCAGGAGCAGACAGGCCCAGGGUGGAUCCCUGCUACUGACCCUACACAGGCCUGGGUGGGCAGUCAGCCUAAACCCAGGCAGGCCUUGGACACCAUGAUAUCAUCCGUAUGUAACGCUGUGGAUGUAGACCAGUCCCGCGUGUCCCAGGAGGCCCUGCUUCAGCCUGUGAGGGACAUGGGGCACUCAGAGAUCUUACGGGGGCACUUCAGAGGAACCCAGCCAUUUGAGAAGGGUUUGGGCUUCCCGCACAGGGUACCAGACCUGAGGGCCUGGGACGACGUGCGUCUGAAGGGCCAGGGCGAUGAAGUUGAAGAUCUUCCUGGGGAGCAUGUAAGCGAGGAACAGUUUACUGAUGAACAUGGAAACAUCGUCACAAAAAAGAUUGUGCGUAAGGUUGUGCGCAGAGGGAAGGGUUCAGGUGAGGAGGGUGUUCAGGAGGUGAGCCUGGAGGGUUCCCUGCAGGAUGCCAACGAGCUGGAGGUUGACGCUGAGCAGUUCAUGAGCUACGCCAUCCUGGGCCGGGACAGCAGCAAGCCCGAUACUGUGGAUGUGAAGAAAGGUGCUCAGAUAGUGAAAUGUGCCAGUCUGCGGAGAGUUAAGCAGUGAGGCAGACUGAGUGCU